UCAAACAAACAUCCGAAAGAUGAGGUUAUGUUUCAAAAACAUUUUGGGGCGGUACAUGGAAAAAAUCUAUUAAUUUCGCACGCCUCCAUACCGCUUAUCAGGAAAACUAGAUGCCAUUUAGGUUCAAAACUAUAUAAAAUGGCUCAGUCUUCUGAAGUUUCCAAGCUGCAACAGCACCUGUCGCUCCUAAAACAAGAGUACUCCAAGCUGCAGACGAAGUACCGCGAAAUAGAGGCCAAAUACAACACCAUAGCGGCCAGUAAUGUCGAAAGUUCCGAAGAAACUUUUGCGUCACGUCUCCUAAAGACCAUAAACAACUUGUACGACUCUGAAACCUUCAGUGAUAUAAAAAUAAAGCUUAUGGAUAGGGAAAUAAGCGCGCACAAGCUGGUUUUGUGCGCCAGGAGCAAUAUCUGGAGCGAAGCUUACUUGAACGACAAAAACGAGUUAGACUGGAGCACCAUCGAACCAGAAGUAGCAAACGCCAUAAUACUGUGGCUCUACACAAACAACCUGAAGCUCUCGUCGGACGUUCUGACUUUGAAGCUCAUCCAGAAGGCGUUCGAAUUCAAACUGGACAGCUUAGUGGAGUUGUGCGAACAGUUCUUGAUUUCUAUCGUCAAUAUUCGGUCGUGUGUUAAGUUUUAUUCGGUAGCGGAGGAAGUGAACGCUGGUAAUCUACGUGACUACUGUUCGGGGCUUAUUUCCACCCACUGGGAUGACUUGAACAGUACCGAUUUUGAGCACAUGUCCGGACCGCUGCUCUACAAGAUGUUGAAGAGUAAAACGCAGAUGCCGCUGCAUUCUGCCGUGAGGUUGCAAAGGGAGGAUGUCGUGUUUCUGUGCUUGGUCGAAAAUACUUCGAAGCUCUCCGACAUCGUGAACCUGUGGAGCCCCAACGGCGAGUUACCCCUGGACCUGGCCCUCCGCAGCCACAACGAGAGCAUAGCGCGUACUCUGGUGCAGCACAACGCGGACAUCAACAUCCGCGACAAGGACGGGGACACCCUCCUGCACAGGGCCAUCAAGAAGGAGGACUCCUUCUCGGCGUUGUUUUUGCUCGAGCAGAACUGCGACGCUUCUCUGUCAACGAGGAACGAGAACGACUCUGCUCUACACCUGAUCGCCGGUGCCAACAACAUCGACGAAUGCGAAAAGAUAGCCGAGAAGUUAAUAAACAAAAACGUGAAUGUGAACUGUCAGAAUCGGCAGGGGUACACCCCCCUCCACAUCGCCAUCCAGGCCGACAACCGCCCCAUCUUCGAUCUGCUCCUCAAACAGGACUACCUGAACGUCAAUCUCAAGACGGACGAGCAACACGUCCCCCUGUACUACGCCCUGCUCAAGUACGAGGCGGGCGACGACGACGGAGACUCCUACGCGGCCAGUCUGAUCAGACACGACGCCCAGACCGACCCCCUGUACUCGGAGACGUCCAACAACCUGUUACAGACGCUGAUCGUGAACGGUACGGAGAAGGCCGCCAUAUUUCUGAGCGAGCACGUGCAGAACUUGAACCACGUGAACGUAGACGGCGAGACCGCGCUUCAUUUGGCUUGUAAGAAAAACUUCUCGGAGCUGGUCCGCGGUCUUCUGAAGAGAGGCGCCAAUCCGAAUUUGCUGACGAACGAGUUCCGCCAAUCGCCGCUCCACUACGCCGUUAGGAGCGACUCAGCGGACUGCAUAAGUGCUUUUAUAGGGUACAACGAGGACGUCGAGGCUGCAGGUGGCGCCGAGGAAUCGAAGACCCUGUGCAACUUCAAUUCCCGGGACAUAGACAGCGAAACGCCGAUAAGCCUGGCGUUGAACCAGGGGUACAACCAUUUGGUUCCGCUGUUGAUUCAGGGAAAAGCCGACGUUAAUGUACGAAACGGCAAAGACUUCACCUUGCUGCACCAGGCUAUCCUGAAAGAGGAUUCAAAGACCUCCAUUUUUCUUCUGGAUAAUGGUGUCGACAUUAAUGCCAAGACUGCUGACUACGAGACGCCUCUCCAACUGGCCAUCCACUGCCGGCUUGGCGACGUGGUGGACGCCCUCUGCACUAGAGGUGUCGACAUGUCAGCUCCCGACAGGCUGGGCAACUGCGCCUUGUGGGCGGCCUUGGACUCGGGCCAGGAGGAUAUCGCCAGCAUCCUGGUCAGACACGGGGCCGAUACGGAUUGUUGGGGGCCCGGUCCCGACGAUUGUAGACAGACGCUUCUACAUAGAGCGAUCGAUGAGAACAAGGAAUCGGCGGCUGUGUUCCUGAUCCAGGCAGGCUGCGACUUGGACUCUCCUAGGAUGCCGGGGCCCAACGGCGAAGGGGGCGAAGAGGCGAAGGACGGAUCCUCGCCCCUUCAUUUGUGUUGCCAGUGGGGGUUGGAGCCUGUUGUAAGGACUUUGGUGGAGCAUAGGGCGAACGUCAACAGCAGGAAUGCCGAGAACAAGACGCCGCUACACAUCGCUAUCGAAAACCAACACCACGAGAUCAUAUCCUUACUGUUGAGCGUGCCCGAAAUCGACUUAAGCCUCAGGGACAAAUCCGGCUUGAGCCCCUUCGCCACCGCCUUGACGUUUAGGAAUAACAAGGCGGCGCAGGCUAUUUUAGAUAAGUUGCCGAGUGCCGCGGAGCAGUUUGAUUCCAAGGGUCAGAACUUCCUGCAUAUCGCCAUCAAGAAGGGGGACAUCGAGAGCGCUUUGUUCUUACUAACCGUACAGGUCGACGUGAACUCCAGGGUGCAAGAUCCCAUGCUGACGCCCCCGUUGCACCUGGCGGCGAGGUACGGCAACGAGACGUUGGUGAGGAGCCUUAUCCUCGCCGGCGCCAGGGUCGACGAUACGGAUGCUCAAAAACGUACGGCUCUUCACGUCGCGUCGGAAGCCGGCAAUGCCCCCGCCGUAUCGGCGUUGCUUCAGAACAGCGCCAAGUACGACGCAGUGGACGUGGAGAAGGACAACGCACUGCAUAUCGCUGUAAGGGAGGGACAUCUGAACGUCGUCCGGACUCUGCUGACCGAGUCGUCGAUAGACGCUGAGGCUGUCAAUUUAAAGGGUCGCAACCCGCUUCACGAGCUGUGCAAGUACGGCAAAGAAAACGCCGCCGCCAUCUGCGACCUGUUCUUGGAGUGUAUGCCGAAUUAUCCGAUCAACAACCUGGAUAUCAUGGGAAAUUCUCCGCUCCUCCUAGCUUACAUGAAAGGCAACGGGAAUCUGUGUCGCGCUUUGGUUAAAGCGAACGCUUGCCUCGCUUCCGAGAACAACGAGAGGGUGACGAUAUUCAACUAUCAGGUCCCGAGCAAGCAGCUGCUGAACCGCCUGCUCGACCAGCUGUCCCAGCCCGCCACCUGGACCAACACGGAUGCGUGCCAGGAGUGCGGCAAGAACUUCUCGAUAACCGUAAGGACGCACCAUUGCCGCCACUGCGGCAGGGCGUUGUGCAGCAAGUGCUCGGACCAGGAGGUGCCGAUCGUCAAGUUCGGCGAGAACAAGCCCGUCAGGGUGUGCAGGGUCUGCUUCGACGUCCUCAAGACCGGGGCCAGUUAGGGAACGCCUUCGUAGGUUACGUCCGAGGAGGGGGGGGAAGUUUGUUUUUCGGCUUUAAGGCGUCCCGCGGACUUUUUAUGAAAAUUGCCCACCAAAGCAUUCGAAAUCGGUUAUUUUUUUAAGAAGAUCUCGUUUAAGUUGGCGGAGCGUUUGUUUUGGCGUUCGUUUGUUUCGUUGGUCUUCGAAAUUGUCAAGAAGGCGAAGGAGAGCAUUUGUCUGCUGUUUCUGUCAUUUUUUCAGCGGUCCGAGUCGCAAUUUAUUAAUCAAAGUCUUAAAACUGGGGAUUUUUCUCGUCUGCUUCGCUUACACUACAUUCCUCUUGUUUUGCAUUGUUAAAAAAAAAGGAAAAACUGUACGGGGUGUGACAAAUUCCGUCACCGACUGAAGAAUUUCAAAUUUUUUACUUUAUAUACACAGUGGUCAAUUUUAUGGUGUACAUCUAGCAUCUCCUAAACUAGGAUGAUAUUUUCAUGCGGUUGAAAUUAUGAAAACAAUUUGAAGUGAGUCGUUCCUGAAACAUCCUGAAAAAAACUUAAAAUUUGACUCCAAAAUCUUUUUAUUACUGAAAACAAUGGAAAUAUUUUCAAAAAACUGAAAAUUUAACUUUUUCUCCCACAUUUUCUUUUAAUACUAAAAAUAAUUGAAUUAAAUUUGGUAACGUAUGUAAGUCAACGUGCUCUUUCUGUCAGAUGUCAAAAUUUUCAUUUGUUUCUCAUGACAACUAAGAUUACUUUAAAUUAAUUAUGAAAUCGGCAUUUCUUGACCCUUAAUGACGUCAGUUGACCCAAAUAUGGUGCAUCGUUGGAUUCACCUCGUCUAAAUGCACAGAGAUUCAAUAUAUUGCUGUUGGCUAUGAAAAUAUGAGAUUCUAGUAGGCCUAAACUGAAAAUAAGAGGAAUAAUUCCCAAAAUAUUCUCAAAAAACUGAAAAAUUAACUUUUUCUCCCACAUUUUCUUUUCAUAUUAAAAAUAACAAAAUUAAAUUUGGUAACUUAUAUAAAUCGAUGUGGUCUUUUUAUCAGAUGUCAGAAUUUUCAUUUUGUUUCUCAUGGCAACUAAGAUUCCUUUAAAUUAAUUAUGAAAUCGGCAUUUUUUGACCCUUAAUGAUGUCAGUUGACCCAAGUAUGGUACAUCGUUGGACUCUUCACUUUACAGCUCAUGUAAUAGCACAAAAAUCCAAUAUGGCACCCAAAUGGGAAAAAUUUUUUAACUCUGACAGAUGGAGUAUGUAAAUUUAUGUGCACACACACCAAAAGUCGCCGAUUUUCAGGCCAUCAAAAAUUACGAAAACAAAUUGAAGUGAAGUGGAAUAAUUCCCAAAAUAUUCUCAAAAAACUGAAAUCUUAACUUUUUCUCCCGCAUUUUCAUUUAAUACUAAAAAUAAUUGAAUUAAAUUUGGUAGUGUACGUAAAUCAAUGUGCUCUUUCUGUCGCAUGUCAAAAUUUUCAUUUGUUUCUCAUGGCAAUUAAGAUUACUUUAAAUUAAUUAUGAAAUCGUUAUUUUUUGACCCUUAAUGACGUCAGUUGACCCAAGUGUGGUGCAUCGUUGGACUCGUCUCGUCUAAAUGCACAGAGAUUCAAUAUAUUGUUGUUGAUUAUGAAAACAUAAGAAUUUAGUAGGCCCAAAUUGAAAAUAAGGAGAAUAAUUCCCAAAAUAUUCUCAAAAAACUGAAAACUUAACUUUUUCUCCCACAUUUUCUUUUAAUACUAAAAAUAACUGAACUAAAUCUGGUAACGUACAUAAGUCAAUGUGCUCUUUCUGUCGGAUGUCAAAAUUUUUAAUUUGUUUUUCAUGGCAACUAAAUUUACUUUAAAUAAUUAUGAAAUUGGCAUUUUUUGACCCUUAAUAACGUCGGUUGACCCAGGUAUGGCACAUCAUUGGACUCGUAGCUUUAUGCCUCGUCUAACUGCACAAAAAUUCAAUAUGGCGCCCACAUAACAAGUAAUCGAUGAAAUUAUGAGAAUCUAGCAAGCCUGGAAAGAUUCUAACGAUGGACACCAUAAAGAUGACCACUCUGUACAUUUUUGCUCUUUUCAACCUAUUUUUGACCUGAUGUUAAUUUUUUCAAGUCUUUUGGGCCCACCCUGUAUAAGCUUGUAUCUUGAAAGUUAUACGAGGGCUAAAUAAAAAUCCUUAGAAAACCUGUCGGAUUUUCAGGGUACAAGCGAACGGUUUCUUUUUAUUUUUAAUCUUAAGAAAAUAUUUCGUCUCCUAAGGCGUUUUUCCACUUUAUUUUGUUGCAUGCUUUAAGUAUAUGUUAUCGUAUUUUAAUACUACUAUAUUUUUAUUAAUACAUGUUUAUAUUGUGUAAUCGGCAAAUUUUAUUGCAAAUUUCAUAGACUUAUAUUUAUUUGUUAACCCAAUAAACAUUUAUACAGCCUCGUUU